AUGGCAACAGUCUUUAAGAUCCUUUCUGCAAUUCUCUUCCUUACUCUUGUCAACAAAGGGUCUAGUUCUUGUUCCCUAAACAACAUAAACAUUGGGUCAACGAGAAGUGGGAGAGAGAUACAAGGGAAACCUGAGUGGAACGUGGUUGUAAUCAACAACUGUUCUUGUAUACAGAGGCAGAUACAGUUAGCUUGCAGAGGGUUUCAGAGUGCAGAAAGUGUUAGCCCAUCAAUUCUUUCAAAGGAAGGUGAUAGCUGUCUCCUUAUCAAUGGCAAUCCUUUGAGCCCCUUCGCUACUGUUCGCUUCUCCUAUGCUUGGGAUCCUCCCUUUGUGUUGGUGCCCACUAGCUCCAUUUUAGGUCCUUGUUCCUAA